CCGCCCCCCGUGCACACCACAGGCUGCCUUCGAGGAGCACCCCGAGAACUUUGCCAACAUGGUGGCCAAUCUGCUGCAGGAGGAGCAGUACAUCCUGCGGAGGGCGCAGGCGAAGGGGCAGGCGGAGAACCCCCCAGCACCCAGCACGGCCCCACAGAGCAGCCAGGAGCGGGAGAUCCAGCAGCGCCUGGCCGAGUUCCGCACCGCCCUGCAGGAAGCUGAGCGUGCAUUCCGACACAUGGAAGACCUCCAGGAUACCUUUGACUUCAGCUAUAAGAUGUACUACAUGCCGGGCCGGGACCACUCCCACGACCCGCAGUACGCACAGCAUGUCCAAGCGCUCCAGGCCAAGCUGCAGUCCCUGGACCGGCAGCGGCGGGAGGUGGUGGCACAGAUUCAGCAGCUGCUGGGGCGCAGCGAGACCCUGCGGGACUUCCUGCAGCAGGAGCUGAGCGCGUGGCAUGAGAGGCAGCAGCGCAGCUGCCUGGGAGCCCCCGCUGAUACCUGCCUGCUGCAGCUGCAGGACUGGUUCACGGCGCUGGGAGAGGGGCUCUUCCAGCUGCUGCAGCUGCUGCGGGCAGUGGGCGAGCUGCGGCAAAAGGUGACCUACGAGCAGGACCCCCUGCAGUCAGAGCUGCCACUGCUGGAGAAGCGGCUGCAGGAGCAGCUCACCUGCCUGCUGCAGAGUGCCUUCGUGGUGGAGCAGCAGCCCUGCAUGCCAACACCCCCAAGCCGCCCGCUGGUGCUGCGCACAGCCAACAAGUUCUGCACCCGCGCCCGCCUGCUGGUCCGCCUGCAUGACCGCAACCACCGCAUGGAGGCCAACAUCCACAUCGACAGGGACCUGCCGAAGACGCGAGGGUUCCGCAAAUUCAACAUUCUGACCUCGAGCAGCAAAACCGUCCUGGUUGGGGACAGCCCCCGGGAGGGGUUGGUCUGCGACUUCCAGUACCUCACACUGAAAGAACAGAAGGGCGGAGGAUCGGGCAAAGGCAGCAGAGGCACCAAUGAGGGUCCUCUGGCUGUGACUGAGGAGCUUCACCUCAUCACCUUCACACUGGCGUAUGCAUACUGCGGGCUGGAGCUGAAGCUGGAGACCUCCACGCUGCCCUUCGUCAUCAUCUCCAACAACAACCAGCUCUCCAGCGCCUGGGCCUCCGUGCUCUGGUUCAACAUGCUGAGCCCCAACCCCAAGGACCAGCAGUUCUUCUCCACACCACCCCCAGCCCCAUGGCCCCGGCUGGCGGAGGUUCUGAGUUGGCAGUUCCAGAGCACAGCUGAGCGGGGCCUGAGCCAGGAGCACCUGCACAUGUUGGCUGAGAAGCUCUUCGGCUCAAAGCCAUCUCCGGAGAGUGCCUUGCCCUGGACCAAGUUCUCCAAGGACGGUGCUGCAGGUUUCUCCUUCUGGGCCUGGCUGGAUGGGAUCCUGGCGCUGCUGCACGACCACCUGAAGCAGCUCUGGAAGGAUGGGCUCAUCCUGGGCUUCGUGAGCCGCAAACAGGAAAAGAAACUGCUGAAGGUGAAGCGGUCGGGGACGUUCCUGAUUCGGUUCAGCGAGAGCGUGCUGGGGGGGGUCACCUGCACCUGGGUGGAGCACCCUGAGAGCGGACCCCCCGCCUUCCGUGCUGUCGUCCCCUACACCGCAGCCGAGCUGGCAUCGCUGGCGCUGCCCGACAUCAUCCGUGAUUACCAACUGCUGGCAGAGGAGAACAUCCCCGAGAACCCACUGCUCUUCCUCUACCCUGACAUUGCCCGGGACGAAGCCUUCGGGCCCUACUACAGCCAACGGCAUGAGGGGAUCCUGACCAAGAAGAAGGAGUACCUGAACCAGCGCCUCAUCCGCGUAUAG